AUGUUCCGAUCGUCACUCGUGGUCCUGGUGAUAGUGCUGGCGGGAGAUUUUGCCGCUGCCGCACGCCGUGAUGUCGUGGCCCGCCAGAGACCACAGAUCGUAGUCGUGGAGGAGUACGAGGAAGCGUUGACGACGCUGCCACCACCGCCGAAACCGUACGCGUUCACCUACUCGGCCGGCCGCUCGCCGGGACACGUGGACCGCACGCACAGCGAGGUGUCGGACGGUAGUGGCGUUGUGCGCGGUUCCUUCUCGUACGUCGAUCCGCGGAACCAGGUGCGCACGGUCGAGUAUACGGCCGAUUCGCACGGAUUCUAUCCGGUGCUGAGCCACCUGCCCAAAACGCCGCAACAGACGGAAGCGGUCGCACUGGCGCAACAGAAGCAUUAUGCACUGUACGCCAAGAUUGCGCAAGAGCAUGCCGAUGCCCACAGCGGACUGACGGCGGAACCGAAGCUGCCCAAGGACACGGUUGCGGUGGCGAAAGCGAAAGAUCGCCAUCUGUCACUGUACGAGAAGAUUGCACAGGAGCACGCACGCAUUGGAGCGGAACAGGAAGCGCAACGGUUGGCCUUUGAAGCUACCUCGGUGAAAUAUGAGCAGUAG